AUGUCCCUCUUUGCCAUUCGUCGCACUGUCCUCUCCCCAGCUUCGGCCAGGAUGUACUCCUCUGCCGGCAACACGCUGAAAGACGCCGCUGGCGCGCUCAAGAAGGAUGGCUCUAUCGGCAAGGAGUUCGAGGCUGAUGGAGCAAUUGGCGGUACCGCCCAGAAAGUUGGUGGUCCGUUUGACAAGAACGGCACCAUCGGCAAGCUGUUCACUUCCAAGGGAGCCAUCGGAGGAACGGGUCAGAAGGCAGCCGAGGGUAUUCAGGAUGCAGUGGACGGCGGCAAAGUUCCUUCCCAGGGCAAGCACUGA